UAUAAGUCAUGCUAGAAGGGUUGAAAUAAUGCAGCAUUUUAUGUAUUUAAUACAGGGAUGUACUUGGCUUUAGGCUUCAAGCAUAGAAAUCUUCGCUGCCCAUCUCAUUAGAAAAGACUGGAAAAACUGGAUUUAGUGUAGCUACAUUCAGUGUGAACAUCUGUUGACUGGUUUCCACUGAUGUUGACUGGAUGUAGAACUCUCUCUGGGGCAUUUUUAUUACUCACAUAUAGAAGACAGUGUACCAGGAGGAGCUUGAUCUCACCGACGGCUCAGUGUUGUUUUACCUCAACAUUUUCCUCCUUCCCUCUAUCUCUCACUUCACCUUCUCACAGUCACAGCUGUGAAAACAAAGUCUCCCUACACUCAUCUGUUAAUUUCUCCUCCACCUGCUUCCUCUCUCGUUCUGCUCAUUGUUCAGGCCCGAUGGAGCUAAAGGAGGUUCUGGAGUUGCUGGAACAGUUGGUUCCUCUGUCUCUGGCCGAGUCGUGGGACAAUGUUGGUCUGCUGGUCGAGCCAAGCAGAUCUCAUCCUGUUAGAGCCAUCCUUCUAACCAAUGACCUUACAGAUGCUGUCAUGAAGGAAGCAGAGACCAUAAGCUGUGAUCUCAUUAUCUCAUAUCACCCGCCAUUGUUUCGGCCAAUCAAACGCCUGGUUCAGAAAGACUGGAAGCAGCGACUGGCCAUUCAGGCUGUGGAGGCUGGAAUAGCAAUCUUCUCCCCUCACACUUCGUGGGAUAAUGUUAAAGGAGGAGUAAAUGACUGGCUGGUUGGUGGACUUGGUAGUGGCCAGGUGUCUGUGCUGAGUCAGGCCCUCGAUGUUGCCUCCCACAGUCACAAACUGGAAUUCAUGGUCAGGAGUGCUGAGGAACUAAAUGCUGUUAUAGAGGAACUGAACGCUUGUGAUGGUGGAACAGCACUACAGCAUUCAAUUAGCAGACCAGACAGCAGUGGAAUCCAUGUCAGUGUAAUCUGCAGUGACCUAUCACUGACCCCUAGUGUCCAGACGCUGUUACGACACACUUCUCCCAGCCAGUCUCUCAGCAUACUAAAGUUAGAGAAGCCCCCUCUUCUGGGCCAUGGCCAAGGGCGAGUCUGUGUUUUGGACCAGCCGAUCACUGUGGUGGAAGCCAUCCAGAAAAUGAAGUCCCACUUGAGUUUGAGUCACAUCCGUUUGGCUCUAGGACUGGGGCAGACUCUAGAGUCCUCUGUUUGUACUGUGGCUGCGUGUGCUGGAUCUGGGGCCUCAGUACUGAAUGGAGCAAAGGCAAACCUCUACAUCACAGGUGAGAUGUCCCACCAUGAAGUGCUGGACGCUGUUGCAAAGGGAACCAGCGUCAUCCUCACUGAUCAUAGCAACAGCGAGCGGGGUUUUCUGGGUGUGAUCAGGGAGAGGCUGGCUGUGCGUCUUCCUGACAGUGUCACUGUGAUGGUGUCAAAGGCUGACAGGGACCCUUUGGAGGUGGUCUGACCACUUUGAGCUAUAUUUGCAUUACAGGCAGUUAGAGUCAUUAAUCCCAGUUGGUUAAAUUACAAAUGUUUUGAUCAGACUGCUUUCUUACAGAUGUAAUGCCUGUGUUUUGAAAUAAACAGGUAUGAUAUCUGUGUGUGAAAAAUCCAUGCAGGCUCUUUAUGUAAAGUUUUAGUGACUUUAAAACAGUAGCACAAUAUUUCUGGAAACACCAAACUGUGCUUCAUUUAAUGAUGUCAAAUGCUUCCUUGGUACAUGUUGUGUGAUUUAUGAUGUAUUUCUGGCAGGGAUUUAAUAAAAAUGGGUCCUGGCUGAUCAAAAAAUGGAUUGCUGGCAUGCUGGAUAAGGCAAAAUAUCCUCGGCCCACAAACGCACAGUGAGAGCCAAAGAUGACACAUUAUCUGUAACCUAUGUGCAUGCAGUGGAUUUAUUAAUGGACAAUGCAUAGUGUGUUUUAAUCCUGAUAAUCAGUCACAUCAAGUGUGCCUUUGAGAAUUUCCGCAUCCACAAAAUGUACCCAGGGGAAACACUAAUCCUCAUGAGAUUAAAAGGCUUGUUGUUCAACGACAGACAUGAUAGAGGAAAAUCAGACAAGCUCCUGUUAUGUGCUUGUUCAAACAGGAAGAACAUUUAGCAAUCUGAGCCAACAAUGAGAAUUUAAAGACUCACUUUU